GAACGUUUCCGGUGGUGACCAUAGACGUAUGUGAUUGGUCAGUUGUAUGAGUGGCAGCGUUGCUCCGCAAAUCAGAAGACUUGAUAGAAACGGCUAUGUUCGCAACCACCCGGCUCGAGAUAACCAACCACGAGUUUGUCGUCGUCGUGCGGGAGAAUCCAUCUUGAACAGAACACUACGGGUUUGAUACAAGUUUUAUAUUACUGAGUUGAAAAAACAAAAAAAUGGCUGAAACCGAGCAGCAGUUUAUGGAAACGUCAGAAAAUGGCCACGAAGGCGACGAUUUUAAUGGAGCCGGGAGCGGAGGUACCAGGCCCGACGCGGCAGAGGGAGACUCCCAAAACGGCGGCACGGAGGGCGGCCAGAUCGACGCAAGCAAAGGCGAAGAAGAUGCUGGAAAAAUGUUUGUCGGCGGACUGAGCUGGGACACGAGUAAGAAGGAUCUCAAAGACUACUUCUCUAAAUUUGGUGAGGUGACAGACUGCACCAUAAAGAUUGACCCUCAGACAGGCCGGUCAAGAGGUUUUGGCUUCAUCCUCUUUAAAGAUUCAACCAGUGUAGACAAGGUUCUUGAACAAAAAGAACACCGGCUAGAUGGCCGACAGAUUGACCCCAAGAGGGCAAUGGCUAUGAAGAAGGAUCCAGUCAAGAAAAUCUUUGUGGGGGGCCUCAACCCAGACACUUCAAAGGAAUCCAUUCAAGACUACUUCGGGACCUUUGGAGAGAUUGAGAAUAUUGAGCUUCCACAAGAUCCAAAAACAGAAAAAAGGAGGGGAUUUGUAUUCAUCACAUACAAAGAAGAAGCUUCAGUCAAGAAAGUCAUGGAGAAAAAAUAUCAUACAGUUGGUGGAAGCAAGGUAAUGUUAACAUUUCUUCUCACUGUCUUUUUUUGGGGUGGGGGGGGUGGAUUACAACUACAACAUAAUGCGCACAUAUUCAUGUUUCAGUGUGAAAUUAAAGUGGCCCAGCCCAAAGAGGUCUACCAACAGCAGCAGUACGCUGGCCGUGGAUAUGGGACUCGAGGCAGGGGGCGUGGAGGUCAGGGCCAAAACUGGAAUCAAGGCUACAACAACUACUGGAACCAGGGAUAUGGCCAGGGCUAUGGCUAUGGUCAAGGAUAUGGAUAUGGUGGCUAUGGCAACUAUGACUACUCUGGUUAUUACGGCUAUGGGGGUGGCUACGAUUACAACCAGGGCAAUACAAGCUAUGGGAAAGCUCCAAGACGUGGAUCGCACCAGAGUAGCUACAAGCCAUACUGAUCACACAUAGUGCAGGUCUAAACUAAAUAAGAAAAAAGAUCCAUGGUCUGACCGCAGCGAACAUGGACUCUGGCUUUUCCUUUGGAGUUGGCAGAAAUUUGGACUCAUGCUCCAUUUGUACAGAACAAGUGAGGAACUGGGGAAGCAAAUGUCACUUUUCCACUUUUUAUUUUUUAUUGUUUUGUGUCAUUUACAUUUCCAGUCAUGGAAGUGUUAUUUUUACUGUACUUUUUGGUACCUUUUUGAAUAAUGUAUUGUAUGGUUGUAUUUUUACAUGUCUACUGGAUUUGCAGAUGAACAGGAGCAAGAGCUUUAAGCUCAUGAAUAAAACGAUAUGCUAUCCUUUUUUUUAUGUUUGUAGAUCUUGGUUACUUUAUCGUGCUGAGUGUUGAAUGCGAGUUGCAUGGCUUUAGAUUUGCGGCAAGGCAAAAUAAGGGAUUUAAUCAAUGUAAUAAGUCAUCAUCUUCAAAUGGCUAAGUAGACAAAAACAACCAGCAUUUUUCUUUUCUUUUUGGUUUGUAAGAUUCCCCAUGUCUGCAAUUUUAAGUGGCUUUCCUAGUAUAUGGUGCAACGCAAGCCUGUUAAUGUAAGAGGGCACUCCCUCGUUCACUCAUUCCUCUAGUGUCUUGGGCAACUUGGUAGAAAUAAAAAUUUGAUUUAUAUUACA